AAUUACUCGUAUAUUAUUGUUAUUAUUUUAUAUAUUCCCAACGUACUUUUGAAUUAACCCAUGUUUAUUUAGUAUUUCAUUCAUCUUAACAGCAGCGAGCAUUAUUGUCCACACCUUUGAUUUAAUUUAAAUUGUGAAUAAAAUGGUUAAUGUUCAUCGAAUUGUGCUUUAUAAUAUAGAUAAUAAUAGUAGCUACCCACACUCGUUAUUGUUUUUGAAGGGUGUAAUAGAGAACUGUGGAGUAAAAUGUAAUUUAAAAAGUAUAACCUCUUGUGUGACCCAUGAUAAAGAAACACAAAUAUAUCCUGUUGAAUGCAUUAACAGUUCAAUAAAAAGUCUUAUUGAACUGCAGAUAGGUAAAAAUUAUAUUAAGAUAAGUUGUGCGUGCUCUUCUGCCAAAAUAGUUGUGGAGUACAGUCCCAGAGUUACUGAUUUCACUGUGCAACCUUUAUACAUUGUUUGUAAUGGAAGUGAUGGUAGAUUUCAAAGUCCCCCGAAUGAAAAUAACUCUGCUGAAAGUGCUUGCAAAAGAAUCACGCUCGGGUGUAAGAUAUUGCAACUGAUUUUUGCCGAACUGCUUGAAAUGGUUGGUCACAGUCGAAAAACCUUUGAAUUAAGUUCUGCAGGUUGUUGUGUCUUUAAUAGCAAUUUAACUUAUCAAGAGGCUCGGAAAACAAAUCAGGAACAGUUGUGGCAGUAUUUUGCCAAGGAAAUAAUGAAUUCGUCCAUAGGCAGUUCUAAAACAAAGUAUUUAGCAUUCUUAUCCUGCACUUAUUUCAACAAGGAUAAAGGUUUUGUAUCUAACAACAUAUUUGAUGCAGCAGAAGGGUAUGUAGCAUUUGGGGGAGGUGGAUUAGCCCUGCUUGGAAGUGCUUGUCUUUACACAUGGCCAGAAUAUGUUUCUAAUGUUCUAGAUAGAUUCAAGGAUGAAAGUGUAGUUAAUAAAUCACAGUUCUUAGAUGAUAGUUGCUACCGAGGAACUAUUGCAGGUUGCUACUCAACGACAUUAGGAUCAGCUUUACAUGAGCUGUGCCAUACCUUGGAUUUAGGACAUACAAGGACGGGAAUUAUGGGUCGAGGGUUUAACAAUAUCCAAGAUUUCUUUAUAAAGGAUGAUUAUGACAAGAACAGGGAGAUGGGAAAAUUUUAUAUAGAUUUAAGUGAAUUUGACUUCAACUGGACUGCAAACUGUCUUUCUAUCCUAAAUUAUCACAAAUGGUUAAAUAGUUUUAAGAACAUUUCGCUUGGGAUUAACUUUAACUCCAGCAUGCAUCUCUUGAGGUCUUUAGCUGGUAUUCGAGUAGUAGAAUUGAGAAGUAAAGAGAAAGAAUUGGUGAUAAAACACUGGAUAUUUGACAAGAAAGUGUUGAAAUAUCAGUUUCAGAUCCCAAUUGAAGAACUUAGUGGAUCUGAUGUUAAUGAAGUCACCAUAUUUUGCAUUGAUAAUGCAGGAGAAACUUUAAAAGUCUCUCAUAAACUAAACUGUUAACAAAUUUUUGUGAUGUAGUGUUGCGCUUUAUAUUGAAGAGAAUAUAUUUAUUUAUUUUGUGUUUUUAUCCUGUAUUUAAAUUUAAAUAUACUGAGAAU